AUGGAAAAUGUGAAUAAAAAUGUAUGCAUACAUCAUAGUAUUAAUUGUGUUUAUGAAAUGAAUUCUUGUGUAAAGAAAGAUAUUUAAACAAUAUUAUGUUCAUCAGAAGGGAUUAGUAAAAUAACAUGUUUAUCAAUUCCAAAUUAAAAAUGUUAAUGGUUAAAUUCAUGUAUUGAAUUUACUUAAUUAUAAUAACGAUAAUGUUCAGAUUUCAAAGAUGUAUCAUCAUAUGUUUGUUAGAUGAUUCCUAAUUUAUCUUGUGUAUAUAAUAAAGAAAAUAAUAGUUGUAUUGAUUUUAAAAAUGAUGUUGUAGGAUUAGGAGUAUCAAAAUUAGCAUGUAUUUAAAAUAAAAGUAUUCCAACAUAUUGGAAUGGAAAUAUUUGUUAAGAAUUAAUUGAAACUAUUGAAUGUGAUUCUUAAUUAAUUGUUAAUGAAUAUUCAUGUCGUAGUCAAGUUUAAAAUACUAAAUGUAUUUAUGAUAUUGAUAAUUAUUAAUGCACUAGUUUAUUUAAUAUUUGGUCAUUGAAAUGUAAUACUUUAGGUUUAAAUUCAUUGGGUUGUGUAUCAGUUUAACAAGAACCAUGUAUUUUUAAAGAUAAUAAAUGUUAAAUAUUUCGUGAAAUUUAAAGUGUUUGUAUGUUCUUAAGUUAAGUAAAUUCAAAAGUAUGUGCAUCUAUUAUAGAUUAAUAUUGUGCAUAUGAUCCAAUUAAUUAUAAAUGUUAAACAUAAUUAAUCACUUAAGAUUAUUGUAAUAUAGAAGGAAUAAAUAAAAAUUUUUGUAUUAGAAAAGAAAUUUGUAUGUGGAAUCAAGACAAUUUAGAUUGUAAAUGUAAAUCUAUAUAAGAAAUUGAUUCUUGUUAAUAAUCUGAUAUAUCAAUAUCACUACCUGAAAUGAUAAGAUUGUCAGUUUUAUUAAUUAAAACACAUCUAAUAAAAUUAACAUGA